AUGUUGAUUCAUAGUCCAGCUGGAUUAGCGGUAACUAUCUUCAAGGCGAAUGACGUGAUGGCGUCUUAUUGUGCGGCCCGUCUUGGACCUCCUCCUUCUUUCCCCUCUACGAGCUGUAUGCAGGACAGUGACUGCGGUAGCAGCUCUGGUCUCGGAGGGAUGAAGACACAAGAAUUAGUUUCGGACGAAGGUGGUAGUUCAUCAUCUGAGCAGCCAGGAUUUUUCCCUCGUCCAAGCGUUCUUCCAUGUGGUCCACCAAUUAACGGUGUAACUGGUAUGACCGUACCAACGUGGGUGCAUCCGACUCCUCCAGGAGCACCCAACGAUCUAUUCGUACAUAUUCAAAUGGGAGAGACAUUGAAUAUUCUCGUUGGUAACGAUGUGCAGAACAUCACGGGCCCAGCCACUGUCCGUAUGGUUGGCGAAUGCGGUAUGUCUCCGUCAGCUCUUCCUAUUCAUGUACCGCCCGGACACGUGAUUCACCAAAUUGUUGACGAACAAGGAAUACUGCGGCAUCUGAUCCUCUCUCCCGAAACGCCGUCACCGCCGCGUUUCCCGCCGCCAAACGCCGCCAACUCGGGUUACAUGUCAUCGCGAAUCGCCUCAUCUCCUCCAUUGGCCGUCCCACCGUUUCAUCCCGCUCUUUACACGGUGAACCGUAAAUGGUCCCACAACGGAAAGCUAACGAUGCCCGAUCUAGUUCCAUCUGCUUCAUCGCGCAAUGAUGAACAGGAGACUGACAUCGACGGCGAAGAAUGGGACAAAGUGCGUGAAAUGUUGGGACGGAUCCUUGCCCCGCAAGUAGUGCGUGUUGGUCCAACCGAAGCGGACAUUGCUUGGCAACAACUGGAUACUUCAGAGGCUGCUGCUCCUGGAGGACCGUUUCCUCAAAUCGAUGCGUCCGAAUUCACCUAUCAAAUUGUGCUGUUUGAAAAUCAUGGACGGUUCGUCAGCACAUAUCGGUGUGAAACUGAAACGGGAAACAAGCUUCGUUUAUGCCAACUCCGCCCCAAUACUGACUACUAUGUGCAACUGAAGGCAUGUCUUGAAGAGCGUGGAUUGGUUGGCGAGCCAAGCCAACCGGUUUGCUUCAAGACUGCUCCCGGUCGACCCGAAGCGCCCUUAAUGUUUAGAUGCGUUGCUCGGGGGAUCGACCAUCUCGUUGUCGCUUGGCGACCGCCGAAUGACAAUGGUGCUGCUAUCGUUAACUAUACUGUUUACAUAAGCAAGCCCUCGGACGAUAUUGGCGAAAAGGUAUGGGAGGGAAGAUCUUGCGAAGCUCGGAUCACAAGUCUUCGACCCGCUACUUCGUAUAGGUUUCGAGUUACUGCAACGAAUAGAAUUGGUGAAAGCUCGGAGGCGGCGCCAAUAGUGGUGACCACUCGUAGCGAUUGCCCUCCUCCCGUCCCUCCUCCUCCGAACGUCGUAUCUGUAAAUGCGCGAUGCGUGAAACUUGCGUGGAGCAAUAAUCCAGAAUGCACAUAUACAGUUGAAAUGCAUGAUGUUGCGGCUGGACAAAACGCGAUCACUAUUGUGAAAGAUCAUGUCGCCGGUGCAAAUGCACAGAUUAUGGAUUUGAAGGCUGGCUCUGAGUAUCGUUUUCGUGUGAUCGCACACAACGCCGAAGGUGAUUCACCGCGAUCCGACUGGACAUACGUACGUAUGACUGGUCGAGGAACACCAGAUCGAGUUCUAGAACCCACGAAGCCGCUUGCUGUUGCUCGGGGACGCAACAAGUUUGAUGUAUCUUGGAAGUGUCCUGGAGCGAAGGAGCGAGAGUUUACAUACGUGCUAGAAGGCUCCACUGCGAAUCAUCCAACUCGUUUCCGAGUGCUAUAUCGUGGUCCUCUUAGUACUCACACGGUUACUGAUGAAGAUAUUGUUCAUUUGCGUGUGCAAUCUGUCAAUAGGAAAAAUGUUGCGAGUGAUUUUUCUGAGACAAUCACACUAGUUCGUGAACCGGAACUUGUCAUUACUAAACCAUCUCAGCUGCCAUCUCCUGUAAUUGAAGGGUGUGGAAAAGGCGCCGUACGUGUUUCAUGGGCGGUGCCAAAGAUGGUGAUUCCACCAACGGCCACCCUGAUGUUCGAAUUGCGUCGUAUUGAUGACAAGACCGAGAUAGUAUAUUCUGGAUCUGAACCGAAUUGCAGACUUGAGGGCUUGUCAAGUCGACAACACGUAGAAGUGCAAGUUCGUGCCGUUGUUGUUGCCCAGGAUGGCUCACGAUAUGAAGGUGACUGGAGUCCAGUAACAGGUGGAAAUGCUCCUCGUGACGCUCCAAAUACACCGACAGAACUAGCAAUUAACAAUGAAAGGACAAUGCUGACUUGGAAGGCUCCAGAAACAUCGCCCGACAUUCGUUAUCGAGUGCACUGCGGUCAAGUAAUGAGUGGGCAUGAAGUUGAGGAAACUAUUUGUGAGACAGGCGAAUGUCACUAUUCCUUAGCGCUCCUGGAACAUGCAAAACAGUUCACGUGCCGAGUAUCCGCAUUCCAUGACGGUGGUGAAUCGCCUCUUUCGCAGCCACUUGUCUUCACAACUCGCAGCGGUGCUCCUGCCCAGCCUGAUGGUGUCACCAUCGAAUCCGAUGGUACACGAGCACUUGUUCUUCGUUGGUCCGUUCCUGACUGUCGUGGAUCACCAAUUACACAAUAUCUGCUACGUGUAGAAACUAAGAGCGAGAUGGUUCGUGAAAUUUCCAUUGUCCCACCAUCAACUUCUGGACAAUGUGAAUACCGUAUCGCGGAUCUGCAAGCUGACACCGACUACAGAGUUGAACUGUCAGCAGAGAAUACAGUCGGUUGUGGUGUUGCAGCAGCAAUUACCGGACGUACCCGUCCGCCUCCACCGGAUCCGCCAAAGAUUGAAUGCGAAUGCGAAGCCACCAGCCUUCGCCUUCGAUGGAAACCAGCGUCAACACAUACCCUACUUACUUACAAAGUAGUACGACUCGGCGAUGGUGAAAAAAUGAUUUCGGUCUAUGAAGGUGACAUGUGCAGUACUCGUAUUAAAGGACUUACUGAGAACACCGAAUAUCGAUUCCAAAUUAGAAGCACCGAUCGGCAUACUGGUGCUGGACCAUGGUCAUCGGUGUACGUGUUCCGUACCGCCCUCAGUCCACCUCCUGCGGUCAAAGGGCCGCCUACUGCUACACCAAGUGGUGAUGGAUACUAUCAACUUGAAUGGUCAUCAGUUAUUACGAAACCGAACACAAAGAAAUGUUUCUAUCGUUUGCAAGCCGUGGAUUGUUCGAUCGAUAAUGCGAAGUGGAUGACGGUUUAUGAAGGUACUCUACCAUCUUGUACGUUACGUCUUUCCGAUUAUCCAUCGGCAGUGCAAGCUCGUGUGAUGUGCGUCAGACCGGAAGGAAGUAAUGAGAUCUCAUCUCCGCCUAGCCCAAUUGUGUACAUGGCAAAUCUUCCUUUAGAUAAUGAAGUCCAGCCUGUUCAAGAGAAGAAGGUCGAUACAAUUCCUGUUGUGCGCUGGUGGACCAUGCAGUGUAGUUUGACUACCAUCAUGGUGGUUUUGUUCAUUGUGGUUUCCUUCACGAUGGCACUAUUUUUCGACUCGAUGUUCAAUCUAUACGUGCCGCCGAACGCAGUUGCUAGAGAUGAUACAGUGGAAUCACUCGAUCCUCCACGUACCACUCAUUAG